UGUCAAAGUUACUGGGACAUUUUUCUUUAGAUUUUUUAAGGUUAGGAAUCAUUUAAAAAUCUUGUUAAAAAUAUAUAUUUUUUCUUAUAACAGCCCCUCUAAAUAGUUUAACUAGUGUUUAAAACAAUUUCUCGUGUUAGAAUAAAGGGUAAUGUACAAUAUUAAAGGUCCCAGUAAAAUUGUAGCUAAAACCACUAGAAGAGGUAUAUCUCAGAGCAUAGAGAAUUACAAAGACUAUGGAAAGAACAAGUUGGUCGACGAUGACAAUAAUAUUUGUAACAAUGUCCCAAAAAUAGUUUUCCAAAAAAGGACUGUUCCAUGUAGUAAUAAGCAAGAAAGUAUGACACCAGAACAAGUUGAUGUAAUCAAAUUUAUACACGAAUCAUGGUCGACAGUUAUUUCUGAGUAUGAACAGCAACCAGAGGAUAGGAAUCACACAGUAUGUUUCUUCCAAGAAGAGAAUUGUGAUAAAUUGCAAGACUUCAAACCGUUUGAUUUAGAAUCUUGGUGGGGAAAAAGAUUGUACGCACACAUCACAUCCUCAACGGAAACCUUAAAAGAUUGAAUUAGUCGAAAAAAAACUUAGGCAAUAAAUUUUAGCAAACAAAACAAACUCCAAUAAAUUUGUAUAUAUUAGCGUGUAAGUGAGUAACAUUGUGCAAUAUAUUUUUCUUUGUUUUUAAAUGAUAAGUAUGUAUCAUUAAAUGACACUUUUUAGAAGACUGUAAAUUGUACAAAAAAUCAACAAGUUGUGCUUUUCUUGUUAUUGUACAUAAUAUUAGCGUUGACUGCGUGCUGAUAAUAAAUGAUUAAGAAAUUGGAA